UAUGAAUCAGACCUGAAAGAGUGUGGCAUCAAUAUCAGAGCAGCCUCUGUGUACUCAGGAGUGUUCACACAGAUCUUUAAAGAGGAGAGAGGACUGUACCAGGACAAGGUGUUCUGCUUCAUCCAUAUGAGUGUUCAGGAGUUUCUGGCUGCUCUUCAUGUCCAUCUGACCUUUAUCAACUCAGGGCUUAAUCUGCUGGAAGAACAACAAACAACAACCACGUGGUCUGGCUUUUUAAAACGCAAAGAAUCUCUCCACCACAGUUCUGUGAACAAGGCCUUACUGAGUCCAAAUGGACACCUGGACUUGUUCCUCCGCUUCCUCCUGGGUCUUUCACUGCAGACCAAUCAGACUCUCCUACAAGGCCUGCUGACACAGACAGGAAGUAGCUCACAGACCAAUCAGGAAACAGUCCAGUACAUCAAGAAGAAGCUCAGUGAGAAUCUGUCUGCAGAGAAAAGCAUCAAUCUGUUCCACUGUCUGAAUGAACUGAAUGAUCAUUCUCUAGUGGAGGAGAUCCAACAUUUCCUGAGAUCAGGAAGUCUCUCAACAGAUAAACUUUCUCCUGCUCAGUGGUCAGCUCUGGUCUUCAUCUUAAUGUCAUCAGAAAAAGAUCUGGAUGUGUUUGACCUGAAGAAAUACUCUGCUUCAGAGGAGGCUCUUCUGAGGCUGCUGCCAGUUGUCAAAGCCUCCAACAAGGCUCUACUGAGUCACUGUUACCUCUCAGAGAGAAGCUGUGAUGCCCUGUCCUCAGUUCUCAACUCACACUCCUCCUAUCUGAAAGAUCUGGACCUGAGUAACAAUAACCUGCAGGAUUCCGGCAUGAAGCUUCUUUCUGCUGCACUGCAGAGUCCACAUUGUAUACUGGAAACUCUCAGAUUGGGGAGCUGUGGUUUGUCAGACAUCAGCUGUGAUUAUCUGGCAGCAGCGCUAAAGUACAACCCCUACCUCAUGAAACUCCUGGACCUGAGCUUCAACAAGCUGCGGGAUUCAGGAGUGAAGCAGCUGUGUGUUCUUCUGGAGAAUCCACGAUGUCGAUUUGAAAUUCUGAGAUUGAUGAGCUGUGGUUUGUCAGACAUCAGCUGUGAUUAUCUGGCAGCAGCGCUGAAGUCCAACCCCUCCCAUCUAAGAGAGCUGGACCUGAGUGAGAACAAUGAGCUGCAGGAUUCAGGAGUGAAGCAGCUGUGUGGUUUUCUGGAGAGACCAGGAUGUGAACUUGAAACUCUGAGAUUGUGGAACUGUGGUUUGUCAAAGAUAAGCUGUGAUUAUCUGGCAGCAGCGCUAAAGUCCAACCCCUCCCAUCUGAGAGACCUGGACCUGAGAGGAAACAACCUGAAGGAUCCAGACGUGAAGCAGCUGUGUGAUCUUAACGAGAUUCCAGACUGCAGAUUGGAGACUCUGAGGUGGAGCUGGUUGUAAACAGGAUGAUGUGUGUGCUGAGAGAGGAUGAGCUGUGUCCUGAUGAUCCAGAUAGGAUGAAGCAGCAGCAGCUUGUGUGUAGAGACGCUCUGACUGGGCCAUGUUACUGGGAGGUAGAGUGGAGAGGAGUGCCUCAUCCAGCAGUGACUGACAGAGGAAUGAGAAGAAGUGCAGAUGACUGUCAGUGCUGCAGAGUGAACUGCUCUGAGAACAGCUGACAGAGGAUCAUCUGAGUAUCUGGACUGCUCUGCUGCUGCUCCGUCCUUCUGCAGUCUCUGUCUGACACUGGCUUCAGACCCUCCUGGAUCAAACUCACCUGGAAAGGCUUUCAAACACCUUUGAAUAAUAAACAUCAUGUAUUUAUAAGAUAAAUAUCAUGUUUUCAUGGAUAUGUGCAGUUUGAGCCUUGGUGGAUGAAUCAGUGCUUAAUUUUUUAAUGUGGCUACUAAUGAUCAAUAAAUGUGUUG